AUGGGUUGGGCUGAUGGUCUCCCCGGCCGAACGGUAAGUCUGCAACCAAAUACCGCCCUGAAGAAGGAAACCCUGGUAUCCCAAAUAGCUGCUGGGAGCGGAAGGUACUUCGGCGUACAGUGCAUGGAACAGCACUGCGGCAAGGCCCUCAACACUUGCCUUAUGGAGGCCGAUAAAAGCCUAGACCCCGACUUCAACAAGGACAAGCAAGUAAUGCAACAGUCUCAAUGCGGUGUGACGCUACUUUGCCUUUGGCACGAGGAGAGCGACGAGGAGGACCUGGAAAAACAGGACCAUAUCCCCAACAAACUAUCGCCUACUGCAGUCAAGGCCCUUGCCUUGGCUAGAGCUGCUAGGAGGGAAAGAGGCGCCGACGUAUGCACAGACGGGAUCACUGCAGCCGAGGAGAGCCCUGUGGAGAACUCCCUCUUGAAGUGUGCUAAGGACUUCGGUUGCGAACGGAUUGUGAGUCAUGAUCCAGCUGAAGUUGCAGCCUCCAAGGAAAUACCAUCGGACGACGCGGUUGUGCAGGAUACGUCCCUACUCAGCAACAUGCCUUCUCUUGAGAAGGCUAAGGUGUCUAUACAGUCCAUCCUCCCCACCUGCCUCCGCGACCAUUGCUCGGCCGAGCUCUCAGCUUGUGACACCAAUCCCGAAUGCAACUCGGUAUUCUCCUGCCUCGAGAUCAAUUCGGCUCGCCACGAUAAGGCCGAUGCCAAGAAGUGUACUGAUAAGCUCAUGGGACUCGAUGAGAUCAAGAGGAACUUGAUCGCCUGCGCUGAGACUGCCCACUGCUUAGAGGGGAAAAUAUCUCCCUCGUUGAACAUUGAGGACGAUAUUGACUCCAUCCCUGGCAAGCCGCGCUCCCUGCUACAGCUCUCUGGAGGGGAUGUUGACGAUGUUAAGCAGCAGCCCAUGAAUGAGGAGGUUGAGAAACAGAAGGAGGAUGGCAAGAAGCCUGAGGUGACCGAGGCGAAUUCCGCGGAGUAUCCGAGCAAAGCCAACGGCACUGCUAUAGCGGCGGCCUCCUCGAGUAGCUUUAUGGAGGGCGCUAUACCCGACUUCCUCCAGCCUUUAAGGGAUGUCGCACGGAAUGCUCAGCGGUUUGCUGAGGAGAUGAAGAAGAAGGAAGAGGACCUUGAUGCAGUUGCCAAUGGAAAGAGUGCCUCUCCUGGGCUCUCCUUUAUACAGGAGGAGAUGAAUGCCGAUGGCGAACGAACGGAUGAGAAGAACAUCGUUAAGACCCCAGAUGUUUUGAACAAUUCCCGAGACGAUUCUCGCAAGCAAGCCCAUGGAGAAGGACUGUCUCUGCUUGAGGGGGCCUCGAGGAGCGGCGACUGGGAAGCAGACCUCGAUAGGCAAGUGCGCCAGUGGAGGAGCUUCCUUGCCAGCGACUCUCGUAGAGGGAGGCAGUCGAAGGCCAACGAUGAUGAUGACGAUGAUGAUUCCUCCUCGUCGUUCCUUCAGAUUGCUGAUAAGGCCGAUGCACAGGGCGAUUGGGUGACCAAGAUCGAGAAGUAUAUGAGAGAGGACCGUCAGCGUGUGUUGGCCGCCGCCCGAGACCCCAAGCCGAAGUCUUCGUCCAGCGGACCUGACUAUGAUGACGACGAGGGUGAUGGAGUGGCUUCCUUCCUAGAGAGCUCCAUGAGUGCCGCGGAUGUUCGCUCGGCAAUUCGGAAGGAGGCGGAGAAAGCUCGGGACAUCAUCAAGGCUCUACAGCAAGUGCAGAAGGUUCUUGUCGGGCAGGCAACAGACCCCAAGACUAAGGGACGGUUCUCUAUUGAGCAGGGGCGGCCCCAUCACUCGGAGAAGGUCGGUGGUCCAGAGGACAAGUCGGCGAAGGAUACUAGGAAGACCUCAGGGCCUGUUGCCACGGAAGCUGCCUCUGGUCCCCACAUUGAGAGGGAGGCGGUCCAGGCUGAUGGGCACGUGAGGACGGUAGAUCUGAAAUCGGAUAAGAUGGUUGAGCCCAAGAUGAUCAGCAACAACACUGGAGCGUCCUUUCUGGAGCUGAGGGCUCAGUCGAGGGCCCAUGAGGCUCUCGAGAAGCUGAGGGCGAAGAUAGAUGCCGAUAUGACCAAGAACGCUGAGAAGGAGGACCAAAUAGUACAGGAGAUGAAGGAUAGUGGUGGAUCUCAGUCCCUGAUAGAGGAGGCUAAGGGAGAGGUACUCGAGGCACUUCAUUGCUUAACGCCUCCCACUUGGGCUCAGGCAUCCCUUCCUGUGAGCCUUACACGGGCUAUGGCUCGACUCGACGCGCUGGCCAAGCGGUUAAGUAAGGAGACCUCCGCCUAG